UCGGACUGCGGGGGUAAAGUGUACUUGCUGCCGUCUCUUGGCUGACGGCUCAAUUCGCUGGUCGGAGAAACUUUCGAUCUUUCGCUUAUAAUCGGAGUGGUCGCACGACGUGAUUUCUUCGUCACACCAGAUGCGCGUUCUCCGGAUAUCCCUCCAGUCAUCCUUAUAACUGUCGUUCCUGCCUUCUUCUGGUUGAACUUGCAACGUGUUAGCCGUUAUCAUGGCCACAGUUGAAAAGCCCUCGAGGGCGGCCCCCUCGCAUGCAGACCCCGACGUUGCGACCAUGGAUGUCAAGCCGGGGACCAUGAUCGAGCGCGAAUUGUUCGAUGAGCGCUACAAGCCCACUCAGCGUGGCCUCAAGAGUCGUCAUGUUCAGCUGAUGGCUUUAGGCGGCACGAUCGGCACCGGUCUAUUCGUCGGCUCGGGUCAAGCGCUGCACAUCGGAGGUCCCUUGUCGCUGUUGCUUGGAUACAUCUUCAUCUCGGGUCUUGUCUACGCUCUCGUUACCGGUCUCGGUGAAGUCGGAGCUUAUUUGCCGACGCACGGUGCAACAAUGGCCCAUCACUCCGUGCGCUACGUGUCGCGCAGUCUGGGUUUUGCCAUGGGAUAUCUAUACUGGUAUAGUCUGGGAAUCCUCGUGCCCUACGAGAUCGUCGCCGCGUCCAUGGUCAUCGAUUACUGGCAUCCGGAUGUCAAUCUCGCAGUCUGGAUCACGAUCAUGCUGGCCGUGAUCGUGGUGUUGAACUUCCUCCCGGUGCGUUUCUACGGCGAAACAGAGUUCUGGUUCGCAGGUAUCAAGAUCAUCACGUUAGUGGGACUUUUGCUACUGGCCUUCAUCCUCUUUUGGGGCGGUGGUCCUAACCGUCAGCGACUGGGCUUCCACUACUGGAAAGACCCCGGCGUGAUGAACACCUACCUCGCGGACGGGGACGCGGGCCGGUUCGUCGGACUGCUGCAGUGCGUGGUCAAAUCGGCGAUCGCCUUCAUCUUCGCGCCGGAGCUGAUCGUGAUCAGUGGCGGAGAAAUGGAGUCACCGCGGCGCAACCUCCCGAAAGCGGCGCGGCGCUACAUCUACCGGCUGGUCAUCUUCUACAUCCUGGGCGCGCUCGCGAUUGGGGUGAUCUGCUCGUCCAACGCACCGCAGCUAAUCAACGGAACAGGCACAGACGCCAGCUCCUCGCCGUGGGUGGUCGCGAUCUCCAACGCGGGCAUCCCAGUGCUAGACAGCAUCGUCAACGCGGCGAUCCUGACCUCGGCAUGGUCAGCCGGCAACUCGUUCCUGUACAUGUCGUCGCGGUCGCUGUACUCGCUAGCGGUGGCAGGCAACGCGCCCAGCAUCUUCAAGACCUGCAACCGGUGGGGGGUACCGUACUGCGCGGUCGGGGUGUCCGCGCUCUUCGCGCUGCUGGCCUACAUGGCCGUCGGCAGCGGCAGCUACACCGUCUUCAACUGGCUCAUCAACUUCACCAACACCUCCGGCUUCAUCUCCUGGACCUGCUGCAGCAUCGUGUACUUUCGGUUCGACAAAGCCGUGAAGGCCCAGGGCGUCGAGAAGCCCUACGCCUCCCGCCUCCAGCCCUACGGUAUGUGGGUCGGCCUCGUCGGCUCCGUCUUCCUCAUGCUCAUCAACGGCUUCACCUGCUUCUUUCCCGCCGAGUGGUCCGCCAGUAACUUCUUCACCGCCUACAUCGGCAUCCCCGCCUUCGUGCUGCUGUAUUCCGGUCAUCGUCUCGUCUUUCGUCGCGAUCCGUGGGCCUGGAAACCCACGGAGGUGGAUUUGACGUCGGGCUUGCAGGAGAUUCUCGAGGCGGAGAGGCCGCCGCGGCCGAGGGAGACGUGGGCGCAGAAGUUGAGGGCAUUGAUUGAGUGAAUCGGUGGGUGGUGUGUUGCUUGUCUGGAGAAUAAAUAGGGCGAAGAGCGGUCUUUGUUCCGACGGUUCAUCAUGUAGGUUCGCAG